AUGAACCCCAUGCUGGGCCUGAGCUUACUUCUGGCUGGCCUCCUAGCUGUUAUGGGUCUUCCACAAUAUAAUCACUCUCCAAAUAUCCAUGCAUCUAUGAGCCAGGCCCAUGCAGGGAAGGGAAGACGGGCAGCCCAGGAGCUUGCCAAAAGGAACACAGACUUUGGCUUCAAGCUUUUCAAGACGUUAGCUUCCAGAAACCCUAGCAAGAACAUCUUCUUCUCCCCCUUAAGCAUCUCUAUGGCCUUCUCCAUGUUGUGCUUAGGUGCCCAGGACUCCACUCUGUCUGAGAUCAAGCAAGGCUUCAACUUCAAGGAGCUUCCAGACAGGGAUGUCCAUGAGGGUUUCCACUACCUUAUUCAGAGGCUGCAAAAGGGAAGCCAGGACAUCAAGCUGGACCUGGGGAACAUGCUGUUCUUAGAUGAGAGGCUGCAGCCCCAGGAGAAGUUUCUGACAGAUGUCGAGAAGGUGUAUAAUGCAGAAACCAUUCCUACUGACUUCCAUAACUUAGAAGUUACUCAGAAGGAGAUCAAUGACUAUGUUAGUCAGAAAACCCAUGGGAAAAUUAACAACUUGGUCCAGAAUAUAGACUCUGGCACUGUGAUGCUUCUUAUAAAUUAUCUUUUCUUUCAAGUCAGGUGGCUACAUGAGUUUGAUCCAAAAUUAACCCAGGAGGAAGACUUUAUGCUGGACGAUAACAAGUAUGUGAAAGUGCCCAUGAUGUUCCGCGGGGGCCUGUACAAGGUUGGUCAUGAUGACAAGCUCUCCUGCACGAUUCUGGAAAUGCCCUACCAUGGAAACAUGACUGCUGUCUUCAUCCUUCCAGACGAGGAUAAUCUGCUUAAUGUGGAGGAAGCCUUGAUGGCCAAUGUGAUGGACAGAUGGAAAAAAAUAAUCUCAAAGAGUGUUGUAGAUGUGUACAUGCCCAGAUUCUCCAUCACUGGCACCUACAACUUGAAGAAGGUACUCUCCCACAUGGGAAUCACGAAAAUCUUCGAGGAGCAUGGUGAGCUCACCGGGAUCUCCCCUCACCGCAGCCUGAAGGUGGGAGAGGCAUUCCACAAGGCCAAGCUGAAGAUUGACGAGAAGGGGACAGAAGGUGCAGCCGCCUCCGGAGCCCAGACACUGCCCAUGGAGACACCACUGGAGGUCAAGUUCAACAAGACCUUUCUGAUGAUGAUCGAUGAUGACCUCACAGCUUCCACGUUGUUCCUGGGAAAGAUCGCCAAUCCUGGUGGGAAAUAA